UUUAUAUUCACCACAUAUAUGAAAUUAUUGUAGAGGACUCGUGAGGUGUAUCAGCACUCUUGUUUUUUGCAGAGAAGCAGAGAGAGAAAGGUGGACAGAGAGAAGUAGGGGUUUGUUUGAAGAAGAGCAGCAGGCUGCAGAGGGUGGUGAAUAUGCCCGUUAGAGGUAGCUGUUUUGGGGCAGGCAUGGGCAGGCUGGCCAGGCUGCCACUCUGGAUGUGGGUGGUGAUGCUCUCUGCCCUGCUCAUGGGCAAUGCCAGUGCCUGCCCAGCCCUGUGUGCCUGCAGCGGCACCACAGUAGACUGCCAUGGACUGGGUCUCAAAACCAUGCCAAGGAGUAUCCCCCGCAACACUGAAAGACUGGAGCUGAAUGGAAAUAACCUCACACGCAUCACCAAGAGUGACUUUGCUGGACUCAAGUACCUCCGAGUUCUGCAGCUGAUGGAGAAUCAGAUUACUGUGAUCGAGCGUGGGGCUUUUGAUGACAUGAAGGAGCUGGAGAGACUGCGACUGAACCGUAAUCAACUGCAGCAGCUUCCUGAGCUGCUGUUUCAGAAGAACCCUGCCCUGUCUCGACUAGAUCUGAGUGAGAACUUCAUCCAGUCCAUCCCCAGGAAAGCAUUCAGAGGAGCUACAGACAUCAAAAACCUUCAGCUGGAUAAAAACCACAUCAGCUGCAUUGAGGACGGAGCCUUCAGAGCUCUCAGAGGCUUGGAAGUGCUAACGCUGAACAACAACAACAUCAGCAGCAUCCCAGUAUCCAGCUUCAACCACAUGCCCAAACUACGAACCUUCCGCCUCCACUCCAACAAUCUGAACUGUGACUGUCACCUGGCCUGGUUGGCGCAGUGGCUCAGACAGAGGCCUACAAUUGGUCUAUUCACCCAGUGUACUGGGCCCCCUGAGCUCAGAGGACUCAAUGUGGCAGAGGUGCAGAAACAUGAAUUCAGCUGCUCAGGUCACCAGGAGUCUAACAGCCUGCAGCCGUGCAGCACAGGCGGAGGCUCGUGCCCUGCCAUGUGCACCUGCAGUAACAACAUUGUGGACUGUAGAGGGAAAGGUCUCACCGCCAUCCCAGCCAACCUGCCUGACAGCAUGGCCGAGAUACGUCUGGAGCAGAAUGGGAUUAAGUCUGUUCCUCCCGGAGCCUUCUCUCCCUACAAGAAACUGCGUAGGAUAGACCUGAGUAACAACCAGAUCUCAGAGAUAGCUCCUGAUGCCUUCCAGGGCCUGCGCUCCCUCAACUCUCUCGUCCUGUAUGGAAAUAAGAUCACCGACCUGCCCAAGGGGGUGUUUGACGGCCUCUACGCCCUGCAACUGCUGUUGCUGAAUGCCAAUAAGAUUCACUGCGUUCGUGCCAAUGCCUUCCAGGACCUGCAGAAUCUCUCGCUGCUAUCACUCUAUGACAACAAGAUCCAAACCCUCGCCAAGGGCACCUUCACUUCACUACGAGCCAUACAGACCCUUCACCUGGCCCAGAACCCAUUUAUUUGUGACUGUAAUCUGAAGUGGCUGGCAGAUUACCUACGCUCCAACCCCAUUGAGACCAGCGGCGCCCGCUGUGCCAGCCCUCGCAGACUCGCAAACAAACGUAUCGGACAGAUCAAGAGCAAGAAAUUCCGCUGCUCCGCCAAAGAGCAGUACUUCAUCCCAGGUACAGAGGACACCCGUCUGAGUAAUGCCUGUAACAGUGACCCAGUGUGUCCACCCAAGUGCCGCUGUGAGUCAAACGUGGUGGACUGCUCCAACCUGAAGCUCACCAAGAUCCCUGAGCACAUCCCUUCAUCCACCACUGAACUCCGCCUCAACAACAAUGAGAUCACCACUCUGGAGGCAACUGGAGUUUUUAAGAACCUUUCCCAGCUGAAGAAAAUUAACCUCAGCAACAAUAAGAUCACAGAGAUUGAGGAUGGGGCGUUUGAAGGCGCAUCGUCUGUCAAUGAGCUUCAUCUCACAGCCAAUCAGAUCGACUCGGUACGAAGUGGGAUGUUCCGUGGCCUUGAGGGACUGCGGAUGCUGAUGCUGAGGAACAACAAGAUCAGCUGUGUCCAUAACGACAGUUUCACAGGGCUGCACAACGUCCGUCUGCUGUCUCUGUACGACAACCAGCUGACCACUAUCACUCCCGGAGCCUUCGACACCCUGCAGACCCUCUCCACCCUUAACCUCUUGGCCAACUCCUUCAACUGUGACUGCCGGCUGGCGUGGCUCGGUGAUUGGCUGAGGAGCAGGAAGAUUGUGACAGGUAACCCUCGCUGCCAGCGUCCCGCCUUCCUCAAGGAGAUCCCGCUACAGGACGUGGCUCUGCCUGACUUCCGCUGUGAGGAGGGCCAAGAGGAGUCAAGCUGUGUGCCCAGACCCCAGUGUCCCAGUGAAUGUACUUGCCUGGAGACUGUAGUGCGCUGCAGUAACAAGCACCUCCACACACUGCCCAAAGGCAUCCCCAGAAACGUGACUGAACUGUAUUUGGAUGGAAACCAGUUCAGUGUUGUGCCAAAGGAACUGUCAGCCUUCAAAUACCUACAGCUGGUAGAUCUGAGCAACAACAAGAUCAACUCUCUGACCAACUCGUCCUUCGCUAACAUGAGCCAGCUCACCACCCUAAUCCUGAGCUACAACUCCCUGCGUUGUAUCCCCAAAAUGGCCUUCAGUGGACUGCACUCUCUCCGACUGCUGUCUCUCCAUGGCAACGAAGUCUCAGAGCUUCCUGAUGGCAUCUUCAACGAUGUGGCCUCUCUCUCCCACUUGGCGAUUGGUGCCAACCCAUUGUACUGUGACUGUCGCCUGCGCUGGUUAUCUGACUGGGUGAAGACAGGCUACAAAGAGCCUGGAAUCGCCCGCUGUGCUGGCCCACAGGGCAUGGAGGGAAAACUGCUGCUCACCACACCUGCAAAGAAGUUUGAAUGUACAGGUGAGUUAUUGUGUCGUACACGGAAUAUAACCCCCCCAGUAACACUAGUAUUCACAAUUGAUUCUUAUCGGUUUGACAUUUCCCUAGGAGAUGUGGACACUGCAGUGCUGGCCAAGUGUAACCCCUGUCUGUCCAGUCCCUGUCUGAACCAAGGCAUCUGUCACAGCGACUUGGUGGAGAUCUACAGGUGCAGCUGUCCUCCAGGAUUCAAGGGCAAGAACUGUGAGACAGCUCUGAACGCCUGUGUGAAUAACCCAUGUGCUAACGGAGGAACCUGCCAAGUGAAUGAGAGAGAGGAGGGAGAAUACAGUUGCACAUGUCCACUGGGCUUUGAGGGCCCCACUUGCCAAAGCAACAUUGACGACUGCGAAGACAACGACUGUGAGAAUGGAGCAACCUGCAUCGAUGGAGUCAACAACUACACUUGUUUUUGUCCCCCCUACUACACAGGGGACAUGUGUGAAGAAAUGGAGGAUGUGUGUGCCCCAGGACGGAGCCCCUGCCAACAUCAGUCUACCUGCCUCAUCACCUCCGCUGGACCCAAGUGUGUGUGCUCUCCUGGUUAUGUUGGUGAUGACUGCAGUGUAGACUAUAAUGACUGUGAGGAGCAUCGCUGUCAGAAUGGAGCUCAGUGUGUGGAUGAGCUAAAUGGAUACUCCUGCGUUUGUCCUGAAGAAUACAGUGGUCAGCUGUGUGAGGUUCCCCCAUCUCUACUGUCCCUGUGUGAGCUGGCUGACUGCCAGAACAAUGCCCCAUGUGUGGAGCGAGGCGGACGGGCCCUCUGCCAGUGUCCUCCAGAGUUUGGGGGGCCACGCUGCGAGAAGCUCGUCAGUGUCAACUUCAUUGACAGAGACUCCUACUUACUGCUCUCUGACCUCAAGAACUGGCCUCAAGCUAACAUCACCCUGCAGGUGUCAACAGCUGAGGAUAAUGGAAUUUUGCUGUACAAUGGAGACAAUGAUCAUAUUGCAGUGGAGCUCUACCAAGGUCAUGUCAAGGUCAGCUAUGACCCCGGCAGCCAGCCAGGCCAUGCCAUCUACAGUACUGAGACCAUCAACGAUGGCCAGUUCCACACAGUGGAGCUGGUGACCUUUGAUCAGAUGGUUAACCUGUCCAUUGACGGGGGUCUCCCUACCACAAUGGACAGCUUUGGGGCGGUGCGGCCCCUCAACGGGGAGGCUCCGCUAUACGUGGGGGGUAGGGGCCCUCUCCAGAACACACCUCCCUCCUCUGCAGGCAUGCCAGUGGACGUACACUCGGGUGCUUUCCGUCUUUGGCAGCUCCAGAACGGUUCCAGUUUCCAUGGCUGUAUUCAGAACCUGUACAUCAACAACGAACUCCAGGACUUCACCAAGACCCAGAUGAAGCCUGGCGUGGUACCGGGCUGCGAGCCCUGCAAGAAGAUCUACUGUGUACAUGGCAUCUGCCAGCCUGAUGGGGUCCAGGGACCAGUGUGCCACUGCCAGCCAGGCUGGAGCGGGCCGCACUGUGACCAGCCUGCUACCAACCCCUGCCAGGGCAGCAAGUGCGUCCAUGGAAAGUGCAUCCCACUGGACGCUCAGUCUUACCGCUGCGAGUGUGUGGAGGGUUACCGCGGUGCCCUUUGUAACCAGCAAGGGGAGCUGUUCAACCCCUGCCGUCGCUUGUCCUGCAAACAUGGUCGCUGCCAGAUCUCAGACACAGGAGAUGCCUACUGUCACUGUGAAAGUGGCUACACCGGGGAACUUUGUGACACAGAGUCUGAGUGCCGAGGGGAGCCUGUGCGAGACUUCUACCAGGUACAGCGAGGCUACGCCAUCUGCCAGACAACACGUGUCGUCUCUUGGGUGGAGUGUACCGGAGCUUGCGACACGGGGGCCUGCUGCGCCAGCCAGCGAAUGAAGCGCCGGAAAUACACCUUUGAGUGCAGCGAUGGAACCUCCUUCAGCGAGGAGGUGGAAAAGACCAUCAAGUGUGGCUGCGUGGGCUGCAUGUAGCACCAUUCACUCACAUUUUCUGCCGCUGCCACUGAGCAGAAGAUAGAAAGGAAGGAAGCAAGAAAGGAAGGAAGUAAGGAAGAGAGAGGACUGGUGGAAAGCGAGGGAGGGAAAGAAAGAAAGAGAGAGAUUAUAAAGAAUAUAUAUAAAACCUCUAUCUAUAUAUUAUGGACAACAAUGUUUGUAAAAUAGGACAUUUCCUCCCCUUCCAAGGGUGUGUGACCUACAGUAACACAGAGAAAAAACAUCAUGAGCAACAAUGUAGAAGUGACAACAACGGCAACAAAACCAUUGUAUCUGCAACAUUGUUCCAAGGGGUCCAGAGAUUUCAAAGGUGUUGCAUUCAGAGUGAGGCAUCCCUCCAACCCAAUUUACCCAGUGUGAAUUCCCCAUCCAUCUGUGAGGCCUCUGACAGCCUAGCCACCAUCUACAAUCUUUACUUCGUGGAGGCAGUGAGGACAGUGGGGUCCAGCCUGGCUAAGAAUGGCAGAAGAGAGGCACAGAACGACAAAAAUAAGAGAAACAGAGGGAUACAAAGAGAGCUGGACCGUUUGACUUGGCAAAGCUAUCUUGAGUUGAGCUUGGCUGGGUUACCUGGACUGGGCUGGGUGUGGUUUGGGUUGAGUUAAAGUUGUUGUUGGUUUGGUGUAGCAAUUUCUCUGCCAGGAUACAGUCAUCCAUCCACACAUGCACAUGUAAAAGCGAACAAAGAAAAGGGUUAGAGCGUUAGAGCGUUAGAGCGUUAGAGCGGCACAUAAUCCAGUGCGGAUGUCGUGGCUUCGAGGCCAGGUGGUCUGGUGUCACAGUUGUUUGCUGUGAGGUACCGUAACAUAGAAACUCCAUAAAAAUAGAGACUGCACUGACUAGCAGCACUGAAAAUGACAGUCAUACACCUCUCUGAAGUAUAUGAUCACACAUGCAUGGCAUACAUACAUUUACACACAGUCUUACCACUUGUAAAAGCGAGAGGGCUUUGUGUGGUGCAACUGUCUAUUCUGUUCGUACAAGGAAACUAAUCUGGUGCUGGCAGUGCCCAGUGGUUAUCAGUCACCCAGCAUGCAUUGCCUCAGGGUUCGGAUGAUUUGCAUAAUCCCAUCCCUUUUGAGCAGGAGGCCAUUUAGCCCGGCUCCUCUUGAUGCUUGCAGUAUUAAACUUGUGCAAACUGUUGCAUGUGUGGAGAAGAGUUUGCCAACAAAUAUGUAGAACUUCUUAAUAUCAUUAUAAAUGUUAUUACAAAACAAAAGGUUGCAGAAUCAUCUUCUGAUUUUUGUUUUGUUGUGUCUAAUUUCUCAUAUUGAUU